AUGGCUCCGGAGCUUGUGCAAUCUGCUGCUUUGAAACCAGCCGGGUUUACCAAACCCGCUAGCUUGCCUAGCCGGGCUUAUGUAACAUUCUUGGCUGGUAAUGGAGAUUACGUGAAAGGUGUUGUUGGGUUAGCCAAAGGGCUAAGGAAGGUCAAAACGGCAUACCCAUUAAUCGUUGCAGUUUUACCUAACGUGCCAGAGGAACACAGGCGGAUUUUGGAGUCGCAGGGGUACAUAAUCCGGGAAACUGAACCCGUUUACCCGCCGGAGAAACAGACCCAGUUUGCCAUGGCUUAUUAUGUCAUCAACUACUCCAAGCUCCGUAUUUGGGAGUUUGUGGAAUACAGCAAGAUGAUAUACUUGGACUGA